CUAACGCGUUGCAAAGGGAUUUUAAUAGCAUGUUACAAUGUAGCAGGAUGCUAGUUUUCCACAUUAUGAAGGAGUGUCAUAAUCGCAAAUGUCACAACCCCUUCUUGUGGCACAACAGCGGUCAGCGCCUUUAACAUGUAUUGCUCUAAUCGUAAUCAAAUGCUUAGACAAUUGUGGCUAGUUAGCAAGUUUUCCGUUGUGCAAGCUAACUAGUUAGCUGGCAAGAUAGCUAUCCUACCCAACAUAAUUCCCCCUAUUGCUAGUGAGAUAAUGUGAUGUAAUGUAACGUAAUAGCCAAUUUGGUGAUAAUUUCCCCUGCCAAUCUUUAUUAUGGUCACCCUAACACAACGUCACUGUAACGUUACUUAACGUAAAUGUACUUAACGUAACUUAACUGUAACGUUAUUUAGGUACUUUAAAUGUUUGCCACAUAGGUUGAAAUUCCUGGCAUAAGGCAUCUGAAAAGCAGUCACUUGUUGCAUUUAGGUUAUAACAUUAGCCUAGAAGUCUACACUACUUUUGACAUUAUAUUUAUGAAAUGACUCAUGAUAUUCGGUGUUACUCAAAACUACAACGAUGAGUUAAAGCUAUUUUGUCUAAAUUGAGCGUAUUGGUGUGAUGGUGGAAAUCAGGCUCCCUAACAACUGAUGGUGAAUUGAACACUGAAACAAGAGGCCGUUGUUGAUAAUCUUCAGCUAAAGUGCUCUCGCAGUGCCCCAGCAGUGCCCGGUAUGGACUGGCAGCAGGACUUCCCGUAUGACCACACCGUGGUUGACCUGCUGCUGCCCGGCGUGCCAGGGGAGGCAGACAUCCAGCAGCUCCUGAGGGACACGGAGGAGAAGCUGAAGCUCAACGCCUGCAGCAUCGAGCAGAGCCUGAAGGACCUGCAGGGGAGGAUGGGGGAGCACUGGGGCGGCGAGCGACCCUCCAGCCCCACCGAGAUCCUGCAGUGGUUCAACCCCAGGAACCCCAGCGGACUCAAGCCGGUGGCCACGGGGCAUCAGGAGCUGCUGGAGUUCUACAGGGCGCUGCAACAGUACCUGAAGGCGGAGGAGAACCGGGAGGAGGUGGUUCUCCAGCUCCUGGUGAACAUCUCCUACCAGUGUGGCGUGUGCUUCCCCAGCUCCAGCCCCCUGGCCUCCCGGCAGUCCUCGCCGCUCCCCAGCCUCCUGUGCACCGUGCGGGAGGAGUCCGCCCCGGAGCUGCAGGACCUGUGGGAGGACGUGCGUCUCCAGCUGCAGCGUCACCUGCUCAAGAAGCUGGAGCCGGCCGGAGCGAGGGAGGGGGAGGAGGGAAAGGAGGUGAAGGACGAGGAUGAGGAGGAGGAGGAGGAGUGCGAGGCGUCCCGCGUCCCCAAGCGUAUCCUCUGCCUCCAGCAGCUCCUCUUCCUCUACCCGGAGAGCCAGGUGCUGGCGCGCUACCAGCGGCUCCGGACCAAAGCCGUGCAGGCCCUCAUCCAGACCGCCCAGGCGGGCAGCCCGGGCGCGGGGGAGCGGGGCUUCCAGCGGCUGGCCGCCGGUUUCCAGGCGGCCGCCCCGGCCCUGGUCGCCAUGGUGAGCGAGGACCUUCACGCGCUGAAUGCCGUGGGCGCGGAGCCGCACGCCACCCUGGCCUUCCUCAACCGGGCCUACCUGGGCGCGGUGAGCGCCGAGCUGGCCGCGCUGAUGGAGAGGGAGGUCCAGGGCGCCCUGAAGGACAACACGCCGCCCAAGGGGAAGGCAGGACGGAGGCAGAGCAGGAGCAAGGCCACCGUAGUCCCUCAGGAGCCGGUGCGUAACUUCUCCCUGACGUCGCACCAGCUGGGCUGCCUGACCGGGCUGGCCUCCACCCUGCUGGAGCUGGAGCAGAAGGUGGAGGAGCUGGCCUCUGAGGUGGGCUUCCUCAACUGUGCUGGGGAGUCCUCCUGCAGCCCCAGAGGGAUUUUAAAGAAAUCUAGAGAGGACCCCGAGGCGACUCCAGGCGAAGGGAGCAGCGCUGCCACGCCCGAUCUGAUCCUGAACUCUGCAGAGGCGGUGUCCCUGGAAUUCGAGUGGAGGGGGGCGUUUGUGGAGCUGGUGCCCCAGAUGGCCCACUGUGUGAAGGUGCUGCUGGAAGACGUGUGUGCCAGGAGCCUACAACAGGAGGAGGUGGCGCGUGCCAACUCGGCCGUACUGGCGCUGGGCAGCGUGCCACAGAGGCAGGGCAUCGCCCUUACCUGUCUGGAAAGAGAGUGCCCCAAGAUGAUAGCCAAGUUCUGUGGUGACGUCAUGAAGGAGGUAGACAACCUGUUGCCCCUGGCGAUUGUUUCCCGUGGUGACCCGUUGCUGCCCGUGCGCCGCAGCUUUGUGGACGUGUCUGCCCGCGUGGCCCUGGCCCUGGUCGGCCGCCUGCAGGAGAGGGCAAAGGAGGUGCCCGCCGAUGCCCCUUUCCAGAACCUGUGCGGUCUGCUGGCCACCAGCAUCUACAUCCGCCAGCGCCUGGAGCACUACGAGAGCGAGCUGACCGACAGUGCCCGCACGUGGCCUUUGGGAACACAGACACACACUCUGCCCAUCCAGAAGUGCUGGGACCUGAGCAGCUCCCUCCAGGACCAGCUGGCCUGCUACUGCCUGAGCGUCUGCGCCUCCAGCCUGCUCCACGACGCCGAGAGCCACCACUGGGCCGACCCCAAGCCUUUCUACGAGGACGAGCGGUGCUCCUUCUCUGUCCAUAUGUGGCACUAUUUCCUGUCGGGCGUGCGGAGCGACCUGUGGGGGGCGCUGCCCCCUGAGCUGGCGCGCCGUCUCCUGGCCCAGGUGCUGUGUGAGAGCCUGCAGCUGCUGGUGCAGAGGUACUCCCGCGCACGGCCCUCCUACCGCAGGGUCCAGCAGGUCAGGUCGGACAUCACCGCCAUCCUGUUGUGUGUGCAGCAGCUUCUCUGGAGUGUGUGUGAGGGCCUCGGCGAGCUGCUGGCGUCCGAGGCCAAGUCUUCGUCCUCCCUCCCGGGCUCCUCUUCGGCGGCGGACUGGGUCGUGGCGGCCCACGGGCUGUGCAUGCAGCUGCUCAACGUGCUGGUCGUCGUCACGGCGCCCCUGACAGAGCUCCACGGGACCUUUCAGAGCGGCCCUGAGAGUUUGGGCGUGCAGUCUGCCCAGGCCGAGGAUGAGGAUGCCCCUCCUGCGCAGGCAGAGGGCGGUGCGCCCACAGACAGUGAGGGAGCCCCGAGUUCAAAGGUCGAAGGUGACGCUCCUGCCGAGGGCGAGGGUGUCCCAUCCCCCAAAGCGGAGGAUGAAAACCCAGGCCUUGACCAUGCCUACUGGCUGGCUGUGAUCAACCCUGCGGUGUUCCCUGAGCAGUCGCUGAGAGAUGGUGUGAGCAGUGAAGAGUCCUGCUUGUGGCUCCUGAGGCUCCUUGGUGCGGGGCCCUGCUUCAGCCCCUCCCUGCUGCUCAACACCCUGCUGCACAGAGACUGCCUGCUGCUACGCACGCUGAUGGCUACCUCAUAUUUGUUUGCAGAGGAACCCGCGGAGGUUCCUCCCGAGAGCCAGGAGGCAGUCGACCGCUUCCUGGAGGCCGUGGUGUGUGUGCUGGCCUCGCUGAGCAAAGUGCCAAGGGUUCUGACCCUGGUGCUGGAGCCCUACCUCAACAAGACCCAGCUCUGGGACCACCUGUACAACCCCACAGACUCAGGUAGGCUGGAGCCGGCCAUGCUGCGCUGCAUCCGAGCCAUGGUGUCACGGCCCACAGACAGCCUCCUGCGGCAGCUGGUCACCAUCGUGCAGUCCUCCUCCGAGGACCUGCCCGGCUCCCUGCUGCAGCACGAUGCCCCCGAGUGCCUGCUGAGCAAAGUCCCCAAAGUGUGGAACUACAUCCCCCACGAUGCCAGGGGAAAAGACAACAGCAAGAACAGUGGUAAAUCAGUGGCCAUGCAGGCCCUCUCCUUCAUCUUCACCAACCUGCCCUCGGCGGUGGCCUCGCUGGCCCUGCCCGUGCGCUUCCUCUUCGUGUUCGCCGAGAAGCGCCUCUCCCAGCACGCGCGGCAGCAGCUGCGGCCCACCGGCCUGCUCCUGUGGGCGCUGCUGACGCGGCUGUGUCAGGGCCUGGAGGACGGCGAGGCCCUGGAGAGGCUGGCCGCCCGGCCGCUGGAGCGCGGGGCCAAGGAGCGCCUGGCCCUGCUGUCCGAGUGCCUGCAGGCCAGCGUGGGCCAGCAGCGGGGCGUGCCCAAGCCCGCCGUGCACAUGGUGCUGCAGGGCCUGGAGGAGCGGAGGCCCAAGUGGAUCUCCAUCCAGCUGCACAAGGCCCGCAAACUCUGCUGCAAGAGUGUGUUUGAGCGGGCGGAGAGUGAGUGGUUGCAGGACAAAGGUGGCGGUGUUGCAGUAGCAGCAGCAGCAGCAGCAGCAGCAGCAGCAGCCUCUGUGGCGUCGGCGUCGGCGUCGGCGUCGGUGACUGCGGCAGAAGCCAGUGAGCUGAAGACGCAUCUGAUGGUGCUGGAGUUGAGCCACCGAGCAGGUGGCAGCCAGCACCUCGGGCACAUUUAUCACAUCAUCACACUCAACGAGGAGCUUCUCUGGCGUAGGCUCUCGCCUCCGCACGUGCUCAGUGAAGACCCUCCCCAGGACUCUACCCUCUCUCUGACCUUUGACCUACCAGAUGGAUGGACCCCUUCUCCAGCAUCUCAUUUUAACCCCCUCACUCAGUUCGACCACUUCGGCUACGACGAGUUUGACCAGGCCGGCCUGAGCCAGAGGGAGUGGGCCUGGGACGCCCUGCUGCAGCCUGCCUACCGGAGGAUGAGUCAGGUGACCUUCAGAGUGCUGCUGCGGAACAGGUGGGAGAUGCAGGAGGGUGCAGAACUGGAGGAUGAAGAGAAAGUUCUGGUGGAUCACUUGCAGGACAUCUGGUUCCCCCCCAGCCCUGGUCCCUCCUCAUAGCGGCCCCUGCCAACAGCCAAGAACAUUCGUCCAAACCCCUAACCCAUCACCAGCACGUGUGACGGAAACAUUCAGCGGAUAUCAUACGCGUACAUGUUGUCUUUACGUAUGCGUCUUUGUGCUGAGCGCAUUCUGGACAAUGACACCAAGUGAUCAACUGAUAUUGAUUUAGAUUGUUCAAAUGGAAGCACACGAAUGUCUCACUGUACGUUUUUUUUUUGCAAUUUUGCUGUCCAAUAUCCAGAUUCUUCACACAUGGUUUUGUGAAGGUGCUGUUCCAUAAGUAUGUUGGUGCUAUAUGGCUCCUUAUGGAGUACUGCUCCCACGGGUACAGCUGAAUGUACGGUUUAGGUUGGAUGGAUGCCAUGACAACGCGUGUAGCACUGUAUAUAGUUUACAUUAAGCUGUGUUUGUCUCUCUGUGUUUUGUAAUAUGGAGUAGAGUCACUCAAUGUUUCAAUAAAAUAGAGCACACUUUCUUAUACUGUG